GAUCCACAGAGGAUUUCCGGCUCACUUGAAGGUGUGAUCAAUGGAGUUUCCAUCGACCAAGUCAUUCUGCACACAUUGGUCACCGCCACAGAUGGUCAUGCCUACACAGCGCUGUCGAAGAUUCCGUCAGAUCUCGGACAUCAGUUCCUUCUACUGAAUGCGAUUGGCUCUAUCAUGGGAUGGCUUUUUGCAGAUGUACAAUCGCAUACCGCUUACAACGGUUUCCAGUUGACCGGUAACCAUCUCAACCGUACCGUAACCCUUCAUAUCGGCGAUCGGUACCAUGUGUCAAUUCGGCAGCAGUUCAAUGGCAAAGACGCUUAUCACUAUCUAAAGGUCACGGUCUUCGUUUCUGGAACCUUGCCAGACAUUGCUCCUGGAACCGAGAUCGCAUUCCCGGACUACGAAGAGGAGUAUCGUCGUGAAAGACCGGGACUUAUUCGUUCUUACACUGGCAUGGACAUCCAGCUGAAAGAGCAUGGUCAGCCGAGAUCGAUGAGAAUGACUGUUGACCAACAAAUUCAGUAUGAGGAAUGCCCUCACCGA